GUGUGACCCAGGGUUUUCUGGCCCAGCUUGCGAGAUGGCAUCCCAGACCUUCCCAAUGUUCAUUUCAGAGAGCUUUGGCAGCUCCCGGCUCUCCUCCUACCACAACUUUUACUCUAUCCGUGGUGCUGAAGUCAGCUUUGGUUGCGGUGUCUUAGCCAGUGGAAAGGCCCUGGUUUUCAACAAAGAUGGAAGGCGGCAGCUAAUCACAUCCUUUCUGGACAGCUCACAGUCCAGGUUUCUCCAGUUCACGCUGAGGCUGGGCAGCAAGUCUGUGCUGAGCACGUGCAGGGCCCCUGACCAGCCUGGGGAAGGAGUUUUACUGCACUAUUCGUAUGACAACGGGAUAACAUGGAAACUCCUGGAACACUAUUCCUAUCUCAACUACCAUGAGCCCAG